UUGAGCAAGCUUUAAAUAUGAAAGGUUCGGUUCUUCGUUUGCAGCUCCUCAUAGCUGCUAUAUUAGUGACUCUGAUAGCCAGAAACGAAAGUGAUGGCUACCGUCUUAGAAGAAGUGUAUUGCCAUCUUUCUACAACUUAACCAUCAACAUACAAGCAUCAAGGAAUGGAGGAUUGGGCUACUCAUUUAUCGGCGAAGUCGCGAUUACUUUACAAACUAAUCAAAGUGACGUUUACGAAAUAACACUUCAUAAGAACUCUCUUGACAUAUCAAGCUGUUUAGUUUAUAAUAAGGAUCGCAUCUUGUGCCAAAAUGUUACAAUUACUUCACUCAAGUAUGACCAGGAGACACAUCUGCUAACAGUACCUCUGUUAGAGGCAUUGACUGCCAAUGAGAACUAUACUCUAUAUUUUAAAUACACUGGCUAUGUAAAAAGCAGAGGGCAAGGUGUAUUAUCUGAAUUCUACAAAACCGACAAGUAUCACAGCGUUUACAUAACACAAUUGGAGCCCGUAUAUGCCCGCUUAGUAUUUCCUUGUUUCGAUGAACCUGCAUUUAAAGCAAAGUUUCAACUUCGCCUUGGUCGGCCAAGUGAAUAUAAUGCCGUCAGUAACACCAGAUUGAUAGGAACAACAAAAAAAGGAAAUAACAGUUAUGUGGAUCAUUUUGAUGUCACACCAAUUAUGUCUACAUAUCAAUUGGCUUUUGUAAUAUCCAAGUACCAAGCUCGAGGCAAUCGCAGUGAAUUUGCCAUUUUAUCUGCGCCUGAGAAUUAUAAUUACACAGAGUUCAGUUUCAAUGUUGCAGAACGCGUGAUAGAUGCCUAUAAUAAAGUAUUUGAUAUGCCCUAUAAGAAUCUGGGAAAUGAGGUUCUGCUAUUUGCGACUUCAGGUUGGUUCGAUGAUAAUGCCAUGGAUAAUUGGGGCCUUAUUAUUUUAAGUGAAAAAAUUCUCGUCCAGAAGCCUGGCUACACUGACGGCCACACGAACAAAGAGAUCACAUGUCUGAAUAUUGCACAUGAAAUUGCUCACAUGUGGUUUGGAAACAGCGUUACUUUAUCUUGGUGGAGCCACUAUUGGCUUAACGAAGGCUUUGCUCGCUUUUACGAGAUCUUUCUAACUCAUCAAGUAAAUGUGAAAUAAAACAUAUCUAUACUA